UCUGUUUUUGUUGUAUCUCGUUUCAUCUCAUCAUCUCACCUCUUCCCUUUUCUUACGUUCGCGUCAUAUCAUCUGUCGCGUUUCGUUAAACUCACUCCAAUAGACUCAUUCGCUUACAACAGCACUCGUUCGCUGCCAACUUACGUCAUACCGAUUCGACCUCCGAUAUCGACAGACGUUUUACUUUAAACAUCCACCGCAUAAUCAACACACAAACACAAACACACACACACACCAAACUAUAACCGAAAAUGGGUGUCGGUCGCUUUUUCUGCGUGCUAUUGCCGUUCGCACUUACAAUCGGCUCCAUCAUCUUCCUCCUCGUCGGUGCCCUCGCUGGUGUCGCCGACAAGUCUCUCUACAUCUUCCGAGUCGAUGUUGAGGAUCUCAGCAUCAGCCCCGCCGAUGUCGACAACAUCGUCGAUAACCUCGGCCUCAAGGACUUUAAAUUCAACACUCGCGAUGUGCCCCAGCUCAUGGUCCGCGCCGAGGAUGGUGCCCCCAUCAAGGAUAACAUCACCGCCAAGAUGCUCGGUCUCGACAAGUACUACGACAUCAACCUCUGGGGUUUCUGCAAGAUCGACAAGGAUGGCAAGCGAAAGUGUGAGAAGCCUGAGUUUGACUGGGCCAGCAAGUCUCUCAACACCUCUACUCUCGUCGGUACCAACAAGAACAUUGCUAUUCAGCUCCCCGAUGAGAUCCAGAGCGCUCUCAAGGCUUUCAGAACUGCCACCAAGUGGACACAAGUUGUUUACAUUGCUGCCUUUAUUGCUCUCGCUGCUGAGAUUAUUCUUGGAAUCUUCACCAACUGCUCUCGUAUCGUCUCCUGCUUAACCUGGAUUGUUGCUGGUAUUGCCACCACCCUCGUUAUUGGCUCUGUUGUUCUCUCAGGUGUUCUAGCUGGUACUGUUGUCGGCGCUGUUGAGGCAUCUGCCAAGUUCUACGGUGUCAAGGGUCACAUCAACGGCCGAUUCUUUGCCUGCGUCGCUAUUUCCGCCGCCUUUGCCCUUGCUGCUGGUCUCUUCUGGAUGUUCACCAUCUGCUGCUGCAAGCCCGAGAGCCGAAGUGACAAGAAGAAGAACCGCCGAUCCGACGGCGAGAAGCUCCUCGGUGGUGCUGGCAACAAGCACGGCUCUUACGCUCCUCUCAGCGACGACCACGAGAUGCAAUCCGGCUACUACAACCACAACCAGGCCCAAUCUCAGUACGGUGCUCCUCGCUACCCUAGCGGCACUGCCCGUUCCGACCUCGCCUACGAGCCCUACUCUCACCGCGCCUAAACUAGGUACGCGAGUAGCUCUCACGACAUGAUUCUUUAAGUUUUUUUUUUACUUAACACUUGAUGAUUGCAUUAAUGGCGUUUUGGUACUGGGUUUGGGAUUCAGUGACAGUAUAUUGUUUGCUACAGCACUCACGCAGUCAUGAAGGAACUCUUUUUUUGUUUAUGUGUAUAGCAAGGCAAUGGACGUUAGGAGAUAUUGGUGAUGGGGAAGAUGCCACGGAAUGGCAUGAUACCCAAAGUUAUUCUUUCUGGUUGGGCAAUGGGACAAACAUUCGUAGCUUGAUCUUAUAUACGCCCUUUUUCGUUAAAAACAAAUUCAUACAAUGCACUUAAACAU